AGAGCCUCAGCUGCUGCAGCGUCCUCAGAGCCACCGUCACCACUGCCACCACUGCCACCACCGGCCAGCAUGUCCUCUGCCCAUUUCAACCGAGGCCCCGCCUACGGUCUGUCAGCCGAGGUCAAGAACAAGCUGGCCCAGAAGUACGACCUCCAGCGGGAACAGGAGCUGCGCGAGUGGAUUGAGGGGGUGACAGGACGCCGCAUAGGCACCAACUUCAUGGACGGCCUCAAAGAUGGCAUCAUUCUCUGCGAGUUCAUCAAUAAGCUCCAGCCAGGCUCCGUGAAGAAGGUCAAUGAAUCGACACAAAAUUGGCACCAGCUGGAGAACAUAGGCAACUUCAUCAAAGCCAUCACCAAGUACGGGGUGAGGCCCCACGACAUCUUUGAGGCCAAUGACCUGUUCGAGAACACCAACUACACCCAGGUGCAGUCCACCCUCCUGGCCCUGGCCAGCAUGGCCAAGACGAAAGGGAAUAAGGUGAAUGUGGGUGUGAAGUAUGCAGAGAAGCAGGAGCGGAAAUUUGAGCCUGAGAAGCUUCGAGAAGGGCGGAACAUCAUUGGGCUGCAGAUGGGCACCAACAAGUUUGCCAGCCAGCAGGGCAUGACGGCCUAUGGUACCCGGCGCCACCUCUACGACCCCAAGCUGGGCACGGACCAACCCCUGGACCAGGCCACCAUCAGCCUGCAGAUGGGCACCAACAAGGGAGCCAGCCAGGCCGGCAUGACGGCUCCCGGGACCAAGCGGCAGAUCUUCGAGCCGGGGCUGGGCAUGGAGCACUGCGAUACUCUCAACGUCAGCCUGCAGAUGGGCAGCAAUAAGGGGGCCUCACAGCGGGGCAUGACGGUGUAUGGGCUGCCGCGCCAGGUUUAUGACCCCAAGUACUGCCUGACGCCCGAGUACCCGGAGCUGGGCGAGGCUGCCCACAACCACCACCCACACAACUACUACAAUUCUGCCUAGGGCCCUGGGCCUCCCGCCUUCCCCCCAGGGAGGCUGGCUGCUGCUCGGCAGGGCCUAGCCCGGCCCCGCUAACCCCUGCCCCCUGCAUGGCGCCCUCCAGCCCCUGGCACCUGCCUACAGGGUUAGCAUUGGGGGG